CGACAACAACAACAACCCACUUAUUCCACUUCCACUGUCACUCACGCUCCCGCACACCCCUCGCCAUGUCUGUGGAGAUACGGCCGUACAGGGAUGAGAACGACCUGCCAGCCAUCCAAAAGCUGAUGGCAGCACACUUGUCGGAGCCGUACUCCAUCUACACAUACCGCUACUUCCUCGUCACUUGGGGCAAGCUGUCGCAUGUGGCUGUAGUAGAGGGCGAGGUUGUCGGUGCUGUCAUCUGUAGAUUGGCACGGCACAAGCGUGGGCCGCUCCGUGGGUACAUCGGCAUGCUUGCAGUGUCCGAAGAUCAUCGCAAGAAGGGCAUCGGUACCAUGCUGGUCAAGGCAAGCGUGGAGGCAAUGAAGGAGGCUGGCGCAGACGAGAUUGUGCUCGAGGCAGAGACGAGCAACCUGGGUGCGCUGCGUAUCUACGAGUCCCUAGGCUUCCUGCGAGACAAGUUGUUGGAACGAUACUACCUCAGUGGCGUCAGUGCAUGGCGACUCAAGCUCUGGCUCAAGUAGUACCAUGACAUGACCUUACAGUCACCGCAGCCACCAGUUACAACGGCCUGUCUGACCAUCACCGCUACCGCCGCCAUCUGCCCUUCCUCAGCCAUCGCCCAUCACCUCUGCUGAAGUCUCUCUUCCACUAUUCCUCUCACCAUGUGCAGUACACCCCCCACCUCUUCUCUUUCUCUCCUCCCUCGCGCGUGCUUUGGUGCGUCUAUCGUGCCGUGGUAGUGAUGACCGUCUUUGUACAUAUACUCUCUCGCUAUGAACAGCAACAGCAGCCAUGCCUCAUCUAUCAACAAAGGG